GGGUUAUUUAGGCCUAUCUGAUGUUUGGUGGCUUCUCUAUGGGCAUCACAAUAAAGGUUUUCGUUUUUAAUUAUGACCUCAAAUAGGAUUCUAAACCAACGUUCUAACGAAGCACAAUCAAUAGGAUAAAAGCACAAAAUAGCAGGCAAACAAGGUCUAGGAAUGACACUAUGUAGGGUCUGAAUCUUCAGGAACAUAGCAUACGCCGGCCGCCCUUCAAUUAUGAGUUUCCAGACAGAUAAAACGCUACAACAUGUGUGGAGGGAAGCUGUGCUGAAAACUGAAAAGGACCAUUGCCACCAGUUGAAGUCUCCUGGACAGCUGUCUCCUGAGACACCAGUUGUAACAGUGCUUCCAGUGGCUGGUCGAACCAAGAGCCCUGGUAUAGGCAGCCACAGAACAGAGAACACUACCAUAGAAGAAUACCGUAGAGCACUACAGCCAGACAACUUCAGCAAAGACAACAUUCUCAGCACAGAGAGAAGGAAAAACGUCAAAACAGUCCGAAUAGACAACUGCCAAAGUGACAGAACAGACAUCAGGACUGGCAUCUCUGUGAGAGACAACAUUAGCACAGACAAGUUGGGCCACCUAAGCUACAGGGCAGAGGCCCUAAGAGAAGACACUCAAUUUAGAAAUGAUUGUAAGCAGCUCAGAAUGGACCAACUUCAGACAGUCCACCCCAAAGCAGACAGCAUUGGGAUAGAUCUGGGUAGAGACCUCCAUAGGACAGACAUUGCAGAUCAUCACUCUGGAGUCUCAGACUACCAGAGGUCAAAGGCCCUGGAGACCAACAUCAUUAGGACAUCACCAUCCCAGUCCAAUGUUUUGCACCCGUGGCAGGUUUGGGACGGAGGUGCCAGAUAUCAGUCGAGGUCCUUGCUCUGUGAUGUUGGCACACAGACAUACCUGACUGCCCUAGCCCAGAGUCCUCACUCCAUCCCAGGCCCUGACACUGAACCUAUCAUGGUGUUCAGGGCCCAGAGGGAAAGUGCGAUGAAAAGGAACCAGCAGAGCAGCAUUCAGCAGCAGUACCAACCCAUUGCCACUUCACAUCAGGUGGUCCUGCAGAAAGACAUAGGGCCUUACUGCUCCUCCCCUGAUGCCGCCACUCAGACCUAUAUCUGUGCCCUUACCCACACACCUGCACUGAACACAGGGGAGGCAGUGAAGAGGGCCGUUGUGAUAAGAGCAAUAGGACAGCCCAUUCGACUCCAUAGACUGUGUCCUGUAGAGGAAUCCUCUGAGCAUUCUAGGGGCCAGCUGAGGGUGAUUGGGGAUGAGGUGAACGGCAUGUUCUCCAAGGGAAAGGUGGGGUCCACACAGUGGCAGACCUGGAGGGGUGGAAUCAUCACGUGCCUGUUCACUGUCCUCGGUGGCCUUGGAUCUCUCUACCUGCUCCAGUACAGAAACCUCAGGACGCCAUAGAGACCCACUGACGCACGGAGUCACACCGCACUUGAGCUUUGACCUUUGACCUUUCUUAAUACAUUUCUAUCCAUUCCUACAGAAUGUCAUAAGGCAUUUAUGAUUUUAUUUAUUUGAUUGUUUAUUGAUUUAGUUGACAUUGCACAAUAUGUCAUAUAGAGUAGAAUAUUUGCACUUUCUGUUCCUUUACUUGACAAUGUAGGCUGACUAUUUUGAGGGGCUAGUUGACAGUGCUUACUGUGGAAAUGGCUCCACCUAGUGGGUUUUGAUGGUGUCUGACGCUACUUAUUUAAUAGCGGCAAAAUCAUAGAGUGCUGUAGAGAAAUGUGUGCUGUAUCUCCACUCAGGAUUUUGGUAGUUUUAGACACCAUCAAAAUCCACGAGAUUACGCAAUUGUUUAACUCUUUAAUAAUUUACUUCAAUCAUACUGUGAUUUGUCACAUCCAAAAUUAUUUGGACCCUUGAUAAAGACGAUAUAAAAUAAAUACAAACACUAAGCUAUAUUGUAUGCAAAAAGAAAAUACAAAAAUGUAUAUUUGUUUAUACAUGCACAAUUGCUAAAAGAAAAAGUAAUACAAUCUUGGCACACCUGUAUUUGGUGAGUUUCUCCCAUCCUUCUCUGUAGAUCCUCUCAAGUGCUG